ACCACUUCAACAAGGAGGGCUAUCCGGAUAUAUCACGUGUAUUAUCCGGAGAUUUCCACCAUGCAGUCGGAGAUGGACGAGCGCGUGAUCUUCUUGGACGUGGAUGGAGUCCUGAAUACUCUCCACGACCACGCCCAGCUGAACGCAGUGCUGUUGUCUCGGUUGAGCCGCCUCGUCCAUCUCACACACGCGAAGCUCGUCAUCUCGUCGACGUGGCGCCUCCAUUUCGACCACUUGGUCACCCUCGUUCAUGCGUUGGCCACCGUGAACGUACCUUGCCAUCGCAUUGUUGGUGUCACCGGGACGGAAAUUGCACCAUCUCUUUGCGCACAACGAAGCGCUGGGUAUUGUCGAGCCGAGGAGAUUUUGGCGUUUGUUAACGAAUGCUACAAUCCGAGCCGCGUGCAGUGGGUGGCCGUCGACGACUUGACCUUGCUGGACCAUCCCCACAUGCCACCGCCUCGUGUUGUGCAGACGUCUCCACACCAAGGUUUGACUCUUGACGCCAUGCGGGGUGUGCUGGCAGCGUUCCCGACCGACCCACCACUCGAUGAACCAACGUGGACAGUCACGUUGCGGCCGACGUCAUGCGCGGCAACUCGCCAAGACGGCUCAUAUGGGCCGUUUCAGAUGUCUUUCGAGGACGGCAUCGACUGGAGGCGUCUCCAUGAAUGGAUUCACUUCACCACGCGUGGCGCACCAUUUCGAGUAGCGUCUGACGACAACUUCUCGCUGGAGCAUGCCAAAGCGGCGGCAUAUCGGCACAGGAAUGUCCACGCGAUGUUGUUGUUGCAUGACGUCACGUCGUCAGAAAAUCAAGUCACUCAGGCACAUCUUCCUGCACUCCAAUCAUUCGAUCGAUUCGUUGUCGUGCAAGGCCGCGUCGGAACUGACAGUGCAGUGACGUUCACUGUCAUUCAUGGUCACACAAAGGUAGUCGAGAGGCACCAAACGUGGCCCGCGCUCGACGUGACAAUGGCCGUACUGCGUCAUGUCGACGACUGGCUCUGCAAAGCUACGGCAGGGCUUUCGUGGGUCUUGGUGGGCAGACACGUGAUCGAGUGGGUGGCGGCCUGCGACAGGAUGAACCUGCCAUGCCCAGCGUACUUCCAUACGUGGCAUGACGUCGGGCAUUCCAACUUGAGUUUGUUCAUGGAAUCCUUGGCAAGAGGGGUUCAUGUCACUCCAACCCACAGCGUUGCCAGUGACGUGGAUGUGACGCUGGUGAGCCAGCAAUGGAUAGCCCUGUGCCCUUCCCCACCACCCACUUCGUCGAUGCGCUUGUUGUCUCCACGUAUCGCACAGAAUCUCGUAGAGUUGUUGCCCGGACUGAAAGCACCAUGUGCCAAAGGUCACCACGAGUUGAUCAAAGUGGCGGCAAUCCAGGACUGGGCGUUGCGCCAUGUGCUCGCCGGUUACCUCGCUCGAGGGGAUAUAGCGAACGGAAUGACGUUAGAUAUGGUGCUCGCCGCGCUUGGCGACGGAGGGCCGUACAGCGACGGAGACGUGCUUCAGUGCAUCAGCUCCGACGUCGACGACAUGCUGUGGUGA